AGCAUCCCUGCAAACAUCAGCCAUGAAACUGUGGAUGAAAAUCAAAACAGCACAGAUGACACUUGGUGCCACUAUAAUCCAAUCGAUUGGAACUUCACCGUGAUUCCAGUGUAUCUCCUGAUCAUCAGUGUGCUGGGAAUCAUGUUAAGUGUGUUUGUGUUGGUGGUUUUCUGGCUCCAUAAGAAGGCCUGUACCGCGGCUGAGAUCUACCUGAGCAACCUGGCCACUGCCGACCUCUUUCUGAUGUCUCCUUUUCCCGUCCUUGCUGUGAUUUCAGGGACAAAAUAUGACUGGCACCUUAGUGAAACUGUGUGUAAGCUGCUCCCCUUCUCCAUCAGCAUGAAUGUCCACUGCAGCAUCACCAUCCUUGCCUUGGUGAGCAUUGACAGAUAUUCAGCACUCGUCCAUCCACUGACCAGCGGAAGAAUGCGGACGCCAUUUUAUGCCAAAGUGGCAUGUGUGCUGGUGUGGGGUGUGUGCUUUCUCUUGAAUGUCCCCUCAGUCAUUUACAGGGAAGUUGUACAUGACCCUGAAAGAAAUUUUACCACAUGUGAUUUAAAUUUCCCAAGUCCUUUCAUGUUUCUGGUGUUUGAAGGGAUCAAUACAUUCCUCUUCUUCAUUCCCGCUUUUAUUGUUUCCUUCUGCACCCUCAAAAUUGUUAACGCUCUGAGUGGAACAUUGAAGAAGGAGUUAAAUGCUCAGAAAAGGGAGCAGAAGGCCACCAUUCUGGUCCUGGGGAUCCUCUUGGCGUUCUUCAUCUGUUGGGUACCAAUGCAUGUGCUUAGCAUACUAGACCUGCUCAGUAGAGUUAACGUUCUGAAUGGGUGCCGCUUUUUCAAAAGUUUGUAUAUCUGCCAGCGCAUCUUCACCAGUUUAGCCUUAUCCAACAGUGUUCUCAACCCCAUUCUCUAUGUCAUUGUAGGGAAAACCUUCCAGAAAAAAGUUAAGGAAUUAUUCAUGCAGGUGUAG